AUGGCGGCCGACGUCAGCGCCCGCGUGCAUCUCGUCGCCGAGAAGCUCGCGCAGAAGAGCGCGGACGCGCAGCGCAAGGGCAACGAGAACGCCGCGCGCGCCCUGGCCAUGUCCGUGGCCGAUCUUCGCGAGGCCAUGGCGCUUCUAGCCGAGCAGCGGCAUCUACUGGCGCGUCGCCGCGGCGAGGGCGACGAGGAGGACGACGACGCCGACGCGCACGUGCAGGAGCUGGCGACGCGGCUGGCGCGCGUGGAGGCCAUGCUGGGCAAGAAGUCGGAGGACAUGAAGCUCAAGGGGAACAAGGGCGCGGCCGCGUCGCUGCAGCAGUCGGCGGGCGACGUGGACAAGGGCCGCGCGCUGCUUCUGGAGCAGCAGCAGACGAUCUUCGGGCUGCUGGGCCGCUGGGAGACGCUGGAGGACGUUGUGGACGGCAAGAAGAGGCGGCGAACCAGCGACGGGGAGGAGGAGAAGAAGGAGAACGAGAAGGAGACGCCCCACGGCCGCCUGAUGGGUCAAGUGCAGCGCCUCGUAGAGCUGAAGGGCGUGCUGGCCGAGGCUUUCCCGGAGUGUAAAGACGCGGAGGAGGUGAAGGACGAGGUGGAGAGACUGAGACGAGAGGUGGAGAAUGCCAAGGAGGAGACGGCUGAGGUGAAUGAGAUGCUGAAGCAGGAGAGCUUGGCGCUGGAGGAAGCCAAGAAGGAGGUGGAGAGGGUGAAGCAGAGGGAGAUCCAGAGACAGGAGGAAGACACAGCGUUGCUGGAACAACAGCGAGAAGCCUGUCUGGCCAUGGAGGAAUUGGUGCGGGAAAGUGACCAGGAGAUCCAGAAGAUGACGCAGGCUGCGGCUGCG